CGCACAAUUAUUAUUUAUCUCCGUGGUGCGGCGUAUGCGCGUGUGCGUUAUAUUUUGUAGAGCGUGUGUGUGCGUGCGAGUUUUUAAGAGUUAAGACCACUGUGGUCGGUGUGUUGUGUUACCGUACGAUAUUACGUCUGUCUCGCUCGCACCAAUCUCCCAUCGCGGAUCACGACAUUAUUGUUAUUUGCCAUUGCUCGUCGUACGGCGCGUUUCGUUAAAAAUGGCGUUUUUCACCACCGCGGGACGUGACGAGUGACAUCGAGUGCCGUUGGUGAGAUUCGAGCGCGCACCGACACCGAACAGCCCGCCCGCCUAGCGUGCGACGCGUUUACCGUCCCGUCCGUCUUACACGCACGUUAGACCCGUCCACAUUGCACGCACGAACCGGUGUUUAGUGACAAGCGAACAUGCCGGGCGCUUAGUGGCCGCCAGUGGUCAGUCCGUCUCGUGUCGAGUCCCGCCGACCGUUGUAGGGUACUCCAGUGACCAGUACAGUACAGCUGCUGCAAGACUUGCGCAACUUCGACGUUCUUAUCUCGCGAACGCUCACCGGCCGUAGUUAUUAUCUUUGUUGUUGUUGUUGUUGUGAUCAUUCGUCGUCGCUGGGCGAGCACUACAGCCAUGGAAGUCGUCGAGGUUAACGAUUACCAGUGUCAUUCCGACGGCGAAGAGGUCGUCCUGCUGGACAUGGACAAGGCGAACGGUGUGGAAGACGACUCCCCCGAGGUGCACGAAGUGACCGUGGACGACGCCAGCGGCAUGGAUGUCAUAGAGGCGUGCGAAGAUGACUCGCAAGAUCGAAUGGAGAUCACCGACGUUGUCAUCGAAAUAAUACCAAACGAAGAGGGCAGUGCGCCUGUUGAUACUGUAGCUGACGGUGAUGUCUCUGCAUCGACCGAGGCAUCGACUGUGAACAACGUGUCUAACGACCAGGCAACAGAGAAGGAAGAUGACUCGCAAAUGGAUGUCGAUGUGGAAGACAAAAUUGUCGAUGUGGAAGACAAAGUUGUCGAGCCGGUGAAUGAAGUAAAUGAAACCGAAGAACCUGUUAAAAUCGCCAAUGACAUUAAAUCUGACAUUACAAACACUUCUGAAUCUGCCACUAAGAAUAAAGAAGAUGCUGUUAAAAUUAAUGAAGCUAACAAUAAAACUAUUAAAACAAAGAGUUUAGUUAGUGAAACCAAAAAAGCUGAUGGUUCGUUAGUUUUAACGAAAGACAAAAUAUCUGUUACAAUUCCUCAACAUAUCGCUGGACGUGAUAUGGCGUCUUUGUCUGAAGAAACACUUCCUCGUUCUGGAAAACGAAUGUUAAAACCUAGAUUUGGCGUUAAAGUACCUUACAUUCAUAUGACAAGCCAGAUUGUAACGCAAGAUGAAAUUGCUAAGGAGUUAUUUGAAAGAUUUCAACAGAAGUAUCCAAUAACCCGUGUUGAUAAGCCAGACAAAGUUUUUUCCAUGAAAUAUUCACACCGACUGUCUAAUAACAUUUCUGGAUCAAAAACCCCAGAUGGUAAAUCAAAAGAUGUAAAUAAAAACCCCAAAAAAAUAUCUAAUACUAAAAAUGAAUUAUCAAGUAUAAAAUCAGAGAAAACUGACGUAGAUACAAGUAGUAAACCAACAAUUAGUAAACCCGAUCCUAAUAAUAAACCAGAUGUUAAACUACCUAGCUCAACACAAUCUACAGAAAAUAAUUUAAGCAAUAUUCAAAGUCCGGAUGUUCAGGAAUCCAAUAAUAUUUCCAAAGAAUCCAUAGAAGUUAAUGAUUCUAAACAUAUUGAGCAAAUAACUAAUACUCUUCAAAUUUUAGAUCAGUCAGCUGAUCAACAAGCCAAUAAUGUGUCUGAAGAUAAAAAUGAUGAAAAAAUAUCUUCUAAUGAAGAGUUAAUAGCUAUACUCGAAGAUUUUGAGACUAUUGAAGUAGACGCUAGCCAAUUACCAGAUGUGCCAAUGGCUAUUCCUUUGCCAGUAUCAACACCAAUACCUACAACACCACCAAAACCAACUAUAAUUAAAAAGAAAAUAAUCCGAAGCACUACUAGAACUAAAAGAUCUAAGCCGAAAUUGGAUCCAGAGUUAGAAAAGCAAAUAGCUCUAAAACAGCUUCAAGAAGUUUCAAGACCUAAAAGAUUUGAUUCUCUUUAUGCUAAAAGAAAAAUAGAAAUUGAUAAGAAACUAUUAGCCAAAAAUGAUCUUGGUUCUGUUUUGAAACGUAAGAAACCAACACCUGAUGAUGUACCUGAAGUUAAAAUAGCUAUUGAUCAAUAUAUUAAAUCAUAUACAGACAAACGUCAAUCAAUCAUUAAAGUGGAACCAAUUCCCAAUGAUGAGGUUGUUAGUGAGAAUACUGAAGAAGAAAUUGUGCCUGAAAUUAAAACUAAUGAUGUCGUUAAAGCAAGGACAAUGAGAGAAAUUAAUCGUCUUUUAGGUGAUGAAGGAGCAAUAAAUAUGAUAUAUUCCCUUGAAAAAAGAAGAUCCCCUGGUAAUAAUAAUGCAAAGAAUAUUCUUCCGUCUACUAGGCGCAAGAAAAAAGACCUAAUGUUGAAAACUAAAUUGGUUAAAAACGCCAUGCUUAAGAUGAGUUCUCCAGCUACUGCGUCGUUGUCAUCUAACCGCCUUGGGCGGCGUUCAGAUGUGUGUACUCCAUCUAUUUCACCUGAGAAUAAGUGUACAAGGAAAACUUCUAUAGAUUCGCAGGGUUCUGAUCAGUCUUCAAAAUGUUUGGGAAAUUUCUCUGGUAGGAAAGCAAUUCCAGCUGACGAGUCUAAAAUUAUUAGAAAACAUUCAUCUAGUAGUGAAGCAUCUAGUAUUGGUGGUAGUCCAAUACUUUCAGUUCCUGAAACUGCACCUAUUAAUAAUAUAAAACACACACCUGUAAAAGCCUUGCGAGUAUAUACCCGUAAAAAUAAAAACUCCAAUGAUAUAUUAUUGAAUUCAAGCGAUCCGCCAUUUGUUGAAGUGAGCAAAGGAACAAAUAAAAGUUCAGUUAAAACCAAAAAUUCUAAUAACCAAAAAGUUAAAAAACAAGCAGUGCCGGCAUCGACAAAACUUUCGAGAUCAUUAGCAGAAAGCAUUAAAAAAGAGGUUGAAGAUACUACUUAUAAUGAAAUCACUUUAAGACGUUAUGACGGAGUCGUACAUAUUACAUUAACACCAGUUUCAACUGUUAUGAAAAAUGCUUUAAAUAUAUCAGUAAUGGAAGAAUUGAUGAGAGAGUUGAAUCAUUUAGAAAAUGAUGAUACUUGUAAAGUGGUUCUAGUGUCUUCGGCCGGCAGAAUAUUUUGUCAAGGUUUGGAUAUAGCUCCUCUUGUACACGAUGAUCAACAAAAAUGUAUAGAAGCAGCUUUAGACAUUUCAUCUACUCUUAAGAAAUUUAUCUCAUGCCUAAGUAAUUUUCCCAAAUUACUUGUAGCUGGUGUGGAUGGAGCAGCAGUUGGACUUGGUGCUACUAUGCUAGUCCACUUUGACUUAGUUUUUGCUAGUGAUAAAGCAACUUUUGAAACACCAUAUGCACAACUUGGUCAUAUUGCCGAAGGUGCGGCCACAACUAUUUUAGGUAGACUUUUAGUCGCUGAAAUGAUUAUGGGUAGUCAGAGAUUAACUGCUGGACAAGCUCACUAUUAUGGUUUGGUGACCAGAACACUAUGGCCUGAUAGAUUCCACGAUGAAUUAAUACCAUUGGUCAAAGCAUUAGCAAGACAGUCAUUACAGGCAAUGAUAACUUCUAAAGCUCUUCAAAAACAAGAAACCAAAGAAAAAUUGGCAAAAGCAUUAGAGUCUGAAACACAUAUCUUAGUACAGCAAUGGACUGGUGAUGAAUGUCAACAAAAUUUACAAGCAUACUUGAAAGAUGCAGUUGACAACAUUAAUACCUAACUAUAUAAUGAAUUUAUGAUUUAUUUAGUGUUCACUGUGCGGCCUCAAAAGUUAAUAUUUUUACGGGGUUUAUAUGCUACUCAUUGGAAACGCUGUAUAGAAAUUUAGCUGUUUUUUUUUAUAGGUAGCCAAUAUCUAAAUUAUAGAGAAAUUAGAAUAACUUUUAUACUCUAACUAUUUCCAACUGAUUCAUUUUUAUAACUAACAAAUGUAUUUUUUUUUAAUUAGGUUUUUUGGUUAGA